AUGAUUGAGGAUAGGUCUGUUUGCACAUUUUACCUGAAAAUCGGGGCUUGUAGGCACGGAGAGAAGUGCUCACGCAAACACAUCCAGCCGCAUGAGCUGAAAACCGUGCUUCUAGCAAACCUAUACCCGAACCCCAAGACAGACCGAAACAGUGAUAUCUCUGUUUCCGACAAUACCAGCGCCGAGGCGUUCGAGCAUUUCUACAUUGACGUUUACAAAAGGCUAGCUCAGGCUGGCGAGAUUGACUCGAUGCUCGUGUGUGAGAAUGAAAACUUCCAUCUCAGCGGGAACGUCUACGUCAAAUACACCAGUACAAGUGCCGCUUUGCAGGCGGUAAUGCUGAUCAACCAGGAGUGGUUUGCGGGCAAACCAGUUUACUGUGAGCUUUCACCUGUGCAGAGCUUCCAUGAGGCCAAGUGCCGAUCUCAUGAUACCAACACGUGUAAUCGAGGUGACCAUUGCAACUUCAUGCAUGUCAAAAAGGUGAGGAGCGAGUUGGUUCGGAAGCUACGGUUGGCGCAAGAGAAAAGCUUAGCUUUGAGGAAGCUACGAGAAUUAUUUGGCGACGAGAAGUGGGGAGAAGAGUGGGAAAAGGGCACGAAGGAGAAGUACCUGAGGGAUCGGAAGAAAAGAAAAGUCGAGAAGGUGGAGGUCGAUAAGAUUGCUGCUGAUGAAGAUGUGAAGAAGAACGAGAAAGAGGCCAUCGGUGAGAAGGAGACGGCGAAGCCUGAGAAUGUAGACGAGAAAGAAAAGACAAAGAGCACGGGGCACGAGCCUGAGGAGGAGAGUGAAGACGAGCCUGUGUCCACGACGGAAGCUGUUGCUCGAUUGUUUGCUUGA